AUGGUGAACAAAGAAGAAGAAGAAGAUUGUCGUCAGCCUUCGAGUUGUUAUUCUCCUUCUUCUUCUACUCCUCUUGCGGAGUUAGAGACUGUUCGAAGCUUAGAAAUCGUUGAAUCGUCUUCCCUCUCUCCCGUUUGGUUACUUGUGAUCUUUUGCAUCAUUAACUUGUUAAACUACAUGGAUCGAGGCGCUAUAGCAAGCAAUGGUGUCAAUGGCAAUACAAAGAGUUGUAAUGAUAAGGGCAAAUGCAAUCCUGCAACUGGAAUUCAGGGACAUUUCAACCUGAGUAACUUUGAAGAUGGUGUAUUAUCAUCUUCAUUUAUGGUUGGACUUCUUAUUGCAUCACCAAUCUUUGCUUCAUUAGCAAAAAGCUUCAGUCCAUUUAGACUUAUCGGAGUAGGCUUAACUGUUUGGACUAUUGCAGUUCUUGGCUGUGGCAGUUCCUUUGCCUUUUGGUUUAUUGUCUUAUGUCGCAUGUUUGUUGGUGUAGGUGAAGCUUCUUUCAUCAGUCUUGCAGCUCCAUUUAUAGAUGAUAAUGCUCCUCCUAAACAGAAAGCUGCAUGGCUUGGAGUGUUUUACAUGUGUAUACCAAGUGGUGUUGCUCUUGGUUAUGUCUAUGGCGGAUACGUUGGAAAACAUUUUAGUUGGAGAUAUGCGUUUUGGGGAGAAGCUGUUUUAAUGGCUCCAUUUGCUCUUCUUGGUUUCUUGAUGAAACCUGUGCCGUUAAAAGGGUUUCCUUCGACUGAUUCGAUAAAGACGGUUAGAACAAUUGAAGUAACGGCUUUUGAAGAUUCAGAGACAUUGAAAAACAACAAAGGUAAUGAGAUUGAGCAUGAUCAGUUUGAAGUCUCCAUUGAAACUUACAAGUCUAGUUAUGCAAACGCGAUUUGGAAAUCGUUUACUCGAUUUGCGAAAGAUAUGAAAGUUCUAUGUAAAGAAAAGGUCUUUGUUGUUAAUGUCUUAGGUUAUGUAUCAUACAAUUUUGUUAUUGGAGCAUACUCUUAUUGGGGACCAAAGGCUGGUUACAACAUUUAUAAAAUGAAAAAUGCUGAUAUGAUCUUUGGGGUAGUAACUAUCAUUUGUGGGAUCGUUGGAACGUUAUCAGGAGGGUUUAUACUUGAUCAAGUCUCUGCAACAAUUCCAAAUGCUUUCAAGCUUUUGUCCGGAGCGACUUUUCUUGGGGCGAUAUUUUGCUUCACUGCAUUUACCUUAAAGAGUUUAUACGGUUUCAUUGCUCUCUUUGCGUUAGGAGAGCUUCUUGUGUUUGCCACACAGGCUCCUGUGAACUAUGUGUGUUUGCAUUGUGUGAAACCAAGUCUAAGACCAUUAUCAAUGGCUAUCUCCACCGUCGCGAUUCACAUAUUUGGCGAUGUUCCUUCUUCUCCUCUUGUCGGUAUUGUUCAGGAUCAUAUCAACAGUUGGAGAAAAACAACGUUGAUCUUAACAUCGGUUCUGUUCUUAGCUGCUGCAAUAUGGUUUAUAGGGAUAUUCAUAAACAGUGUAGAUCGGUCUAACGAAGAAGGUGAGAACCCAAUGAGGCAACAACAAUCGACUCCUAACUCCAUAAACAUACUUUAG